UGUUUUAAAUUAGGCCCAGCUUCAAUUCAUUCACUCGAAAAUUAGUACCCUAGGAAACUAUCGGUUCCGCACGAGUAUAUAAACCAUAGGAACCCAUCGACUUCGGCGUUGGCCUCCGUUGGAGUUCGUCGUCUUCGUCUGUGAAGGAGUAUUACGCAGCCUCCUCCGUCGACGCCGCCGCCGCAGCAGCCAUGGGUCGAAUGCACAGUCGAGGUAAAGGUAUAUCCUCUUCUGUAACCCCUUACAAGCGAACCCCUCCUGCUUGGCUUAAGACCACCGCUCAGGAAGUGGAGGAGAGUAUAUGUAAGUUUGCCAAGAGGGGUACAACACCUUCAAAGAUUGGUGUUCUUCUGAGAGAUUCACAUGGAAUUGCUCAAGUCAAGAGUGUAACUGGUAGCAAAAUUCUCCGCAUCCUUAAGGCUAACGGCUUUGGUGUUGGUAAAUUGUGUGUAGGGCUGGCUCCUGUGAUACCAGAGGAUUUAUACCAUUUGAUUAAGAAGGCAGUUGCAAUUAGGAAGCACCUGGAGAGGAACCGGAAGGACAAAGACUCAAAGUUUCGCCUGAUUCUUGUUGAGAGCAGAAUUCACCGCCUUGCACGCUACUACAAAAAGACCAAGAAACUUCCUCCUGUUUGGAAAUACGAGUCAAACACAGCAAGCACCUUGGUGUCUUAAACUCUAGAUAGUUGUACCUUCUGAAAUGAUGAGAAGGAUCCUCAGCAUGGUUAUGUUUAUUUCCAGUUUGUGAUUUUGAGAAGCAUGUUCUUCAGUGUAUUCUCUAUUUGAGUAAUAUUUAAGAGAUUUUUGUCAAAGGAGCUAAUUUUGAUUUUGAUAUUAAUGCGUAAUUCAACAUUUUGUGCCGCUCAUCUCUCAAAAUGUAUGUUUAAUAGCAUUUUUAAGAAUUUAAGCAUAUAAUCUACUAUUGUCCUAUGACUUCCACAGUUUCCAGUUCCUGUAGGUGAUUGAAGGUUGAAAUAUACUCGUACCACGGACUACGGAGUAUGGAGUAGUCUAUUAUCCUAUUUGGUUUCCCAAAA